AAAACUUGACAACAAUGGCAACUCCUCACAUGGGCUCGUGCAAACUAUUGCUUCCUCUCCUUCUCAUCUCUUCCCUCCAGGUCUUCCUUGUCGCUUCCACCGAGUUCACGGUAGGCGGCGAAGGCGGCUGGGGCGUCCAGAAGCCGAACAAGAACAGAGACAUGUACAACGAGUGGGCGUCAAGGAACCGCUUCAAAGUCGACGACACUAUACAUUUCCAGUACCAGAAGGACUCCGUGAUGGUGGUGACGAGCGAGGAGUACGACAAGUGCCGAUCCUCGCACCCCCUGUUCUACUCCAACAACGGCGACACGGUCUUCACGCUUGACCGGCCCGGCUUGUUCUACUUCAUCAGCGGGGUCGCGGGACACUGCGAGAGGGGCGAGAGGAUGAUCAUCAAAGUGCUGGAAACAGAAGAAACCCUGCCGCCUCAAUCUGCGAACGAAAAUUCAACCGAGACCUCUCAUUCUUCUCCGAUGCCAUGUCCCACAUCCUCCGUUGCCGGUGCCGUGGCGCUCUUCGCGGUGUCAUUCCUUGCAUAAUUUUUCUUGUUGAGAUCGGAUCUUUCUUUCCUUCUGGGGCACUAGGAAGGGACUGGUGCUGAUCUGGGUUUGGCUGGUAAUUGUUAGGAGAUUUUAUGUUAUGAGAGGAGUUAUCUACUUGAUCAUGGACAGUUUAGGAGUUCGAAUAAUUCAAGAGGAACGCUCCACUCCUUCAUUUAGCGCUUCU